UAUCAUUCACUGAGUUUGUCAGGUUGUAUAUGUUUGUUUGGUUGUGCGUUACGCAGCUGAUUAAACAAAACUGAGUUAGUGGUUGAAGGAGUGAAGUAAUAGAGAUUUCUGGGCUAGAAAAGCACGUGUGACAGGAGCACACCAGUGAAUGCACCGGAGAUCCAGGGAGUCGGGCUCCUCCCUCUUUCCGAGAGCUCACACACCCCCCACCCACACCAUGGCAGAUCUAGGGAGGAGGCUGCUGGUAAUUGUGCCCACUUUGUCAGUCAAAAAGGCUUCUCCAGCCAUUUGGAGGCACUACACCUGAGAAUAAGGACGUACCUGUAUCUCACCUGAGGAUACAGCGCAGCAGGAGGGACACGCUGCACCUGAGAAGCGGCUCAGCUACACACACAGUGCAGAGCGCUCACCUGCGAAUCGGCGGACACCUCCCAGGCCGUCCCCAAACCUGUCCCUACGCUACCAGGCGGACGUCCUCCGCGGGUCCACAAUGCCCUCUAAAUGCGGGACGGCUUUACGAAUCGUGGGAACAACCCUCUUUGCCGCAGCGGUCCUGUUGGGGAUCCUUUUGGCCUAUGUGACAGGCUAUCAGUUCAUACACACGGAGAAGCACUAUCUUUCCUUUGGCCUGUAUGGGGCCUUCCUCAUGCUGCACCUGUUUCUGCAGAGCUUGUUUGCGUACCUGGAGCACCAGCGCAUGCGUAGCCCCUCCCAGCCCCGCCACCUAAGCCGUACAGUUGCGCUCUGCAUUGCUGCCUACCAGGAGGACCCUGACUACCUGCGCAAGUGCCUGCGCAGUAUCCGCCGCAUCUCCUUCCCUGGCCUCAAAGUGGUGCUGGUGGUGGACGGCAACCGGCCUGAGGACACGUACAUGAUGGACAUCUUCCAAGAGGUGAUGGGUACGGAGGAGACGGGAAGGAUGGUGUGGAAAGGGAACUACCACUCAGAGGGCAUGCGGGAGGAUGAGGCGGCACGUGUGGUGAGGAUUGUGAGGAAUUCUCAGUACUCUUGCAUCAUGCAGGAGUGGGGAGGGAAGAGAGAAGUCAUGUACACAGCCUUCAAAGCACUUGGAGAGACCGUAGACUAUGUGCAGGUAUGCGAUUCAGACACAGUUCUGGACCCUGCGUGCACCAUUGAGAUGCUGAAGAUUUUAGAGGAGGACCCACAGGUGGGCGGAGUGGGCGGAGAUGUACAGAUCCUGAACAAGUACGAUUCGUGGAUCUCCUUCCUAAGCAGUGUGCGAUACUGGAUGGCCUUCAACAUAGAGCGAGCCUGCCAGUCUUACUUUGGCUGUGUGCAGUGCAUCAGCGGACCCCUGGGCAUGUACCGCAACUCCCUGCUUCAGCAGUUCCUGGAGCCCUGGUACCACCAGACGUUCCUGGGCAGCAAGUGCAGCUUCGGUGACGACCGCCACCUCACCAACCGCGUCCUCAGCUUGGGGUACAAGACCAAGUUCACAGCCCGCUCCCAGUGCCAGACGGAGACACCCACGCGUUACCUGCGAUGGCUGAACCAGCAGACGCGCUGGAGCAAGUCGUACUUCCGCGAGUGGCUUUACAACGCCCUCUGGUUCCACAAGCACAACCUCUGGAUGACCUACGAGUCGGUGGUGACAGGUUUCUUCCCCUUCUUCCUGGUCGCCACAGUGAUCCACCUCUUCUACCGUGGGCGCCUCUGGAACAUCCUCUUGUUUCUACUCACAGUGCAGCUAGUGGGCAUGGUGAAGGCCACCUAUGCCUGCUUCCUACGUGGCAACGUGGUCAUGAUCUUCAUGUCUCUAUACUCCCUACUCUACAUGUCCAGUUUGCUGCCUGCCAAAAUCUUCGCUCUCCUUACCAUCAACAAGGCUGGCUGGGGCACCUCAGGCCGGCGGAAGAUCGUGGUAAACUUCAUCGGUGCCGUGCCCGUCACUGUAUGGUCAGCCGUGCUACUGGGUGGCAUGGCGUACACCAUCUACUGCGAGACGCAAGACCCGUUCAGCGAGACGGAGAAGGCCUUGCUGAUCGCAGGGGCCAUCUUGUACGGCUGCUACUGGAUCGUCCUUCUGGUGCUGUACUUGGCCAUCGUGGCCAAGCGGUGCAACAAGAGGGAGGAGCAAUACCAUCUGCCCUAUGCAGAGGUCUAGGACACAACAUACCCACCCUUCUUGGUGCUGCUGAAACACCUGACACAACCGAAGCCCUGCCCUUACCCCAUGGUGCUAAACGUCCUGCUGUUGCAGGGCUCCUUCGGUGCAAAAGUCUGACGAGACCUCACGCUCUUGCAAGAUGGAAUUUGCUUUGCUGGGGAACUGACGUUUUACGUUUUUGCUUUCGUGAGAACUGGAGACACUCAGAUGUUGCAGCCCUGUGGGAUUUAACUGCUGCCUGUGUGCCGGCACAGUUCUUUCCGAAGGUCAUGUCUGGAGCACAUAUCACACAGCCGGAAGAGGCAGGGUGUAACAGUGCAUUCCUCCUCGACAUACGACCCUCUAGCAAGUCUUACACUUUUACAGCAGAGUACCAGAUUUAGAGGACCGGAGCAUUUUACUAGGAGUGCAGCUAAAACAGAUAAAGGAAACACUGAUCUCCUCACUACCACUGACUUUUGGCCUGGUGCAGCCCAGUAAAUUCACUUCAAGUCAUUUUUUAUUCUCUCUGUCGAUCAGGUCACAAUAUAUCUUCCGGUGCAUUGAAACAAAAGUCCAACAAUCGGCAAAGUCGACAAUCUUAGUUAAAAUGCCGCUGCUUCUACGUCUCAGAUAUGCGCUCCACAUUGAUUAAUCAAACGAUUAAUUUAUACGGGGGUCACUGAGAAAUAAAUCUGAGCAUCAUAUCAGAUGAAACAGUGCAGCUCUUCGCAAAACUUUGAAUCUCUUCCACUGGAAGACUGAACACACAACAGGGAAAAGGACAGAACAUCAGUAAUUAACUCUUUCCUCUGCGAACCUCCGUUUCUACAGAUUAAUCUCCUGCCGGACUUUGAGUGCCUGGUACACAGUACAAGUUGACCUCUGUGAUGCGUUCAGGGCAACGAGUGGGCAUCAGUAGCUGAAGGUUGGGUCGGGGCACCAAAAGCCAGUCGUGCCACGUCUGAGCUGCCAACGGAGAUAAUCCAGGACCGGUGCAGCCGCUGCCAAACACACCCGAGAGACUGUCCAAACUCGAUUUUUACCCUCAGCUACAAUACGUGUACGUCGGUGCUAAGAAGCCUGAUCUUCAAGAAGUCCAUCUUAACCUUUGCAUCAUUUCAUUUGUACGUGACAACCAAAGACCGGCAUGGUGUGGUUUUAAGAAAGGUCUCCCAUCACUAGUAUGAUUAUUAAUACUGGUGAUAAUGCUGAAUCGUCUUUAAUACCAUUAACGAAAUUAGAUCGGAAAAUCACGUGUUGACCAUGACAAGUGGAACACAUCCAUGCACACAGCUGCUAUACAUCAAUGCAAAUGAAAAAAAAAAAAAAAAUGAUGUGUUCUGCAUUGUCACUUUAUCACAAACUAAGUACUCGACCCGAGCAGUUACGGACUGUUUUAAAGGACAUUUCAGCUCGAAUACUGUAUUAGUUUGUUUUAUCCGCUGUAUUCGAGAUUGUUCACCUUGGAUCCACUCGGGUUUUCUGCGCAAGCGAAAGAGUAAAAACGGGGCAAUGCAGAGCAUGGUAUGUGCAGUAAUUUGGCAGUAAACAAGCAAUUGCUAUAAAUAGCAAAGAAUCUGUUCACAAACAAUUUAUAAGGGUGAAUUAGAGUUUCAGUGUUAGUUUACACGGUACAUUUUCUUGUAGUGCAAAAGGCUGCAACAAGGGUGACCGAGCAACCUGAACGUUUAAAAUGCCGACAGACAAGAACGUUGUUUUGACUGAUCAUAUAUACACAUGAAAUUCACAAAUCCCUUCAGAAUGACAUUCUCACUUCUCUCCUCAGAUGUGCCACAAUCUCUCAUUUUUAUCUGAACUUUAAAAAUAUUCUUUGAUGGCGUACAGCUGCAUCACUGUUGACAGUUGCCUAAAACAUUGUUUUUUGUGAAGUAUUGUGUUGAUGUGAGACAAAGUUCAAGGUGGUAAGUUAUUGAUUUUUUCUUUAAUUUAACAAAUCAAGCGUCGUCGAAGAGCUGCUAGUGCUUUCUGGACAGACGCCUCGGAGGUUAACCCCGCGGUGGGAAUUUGCUCGAACGUUCAGGGAGGCACAGCGUUGGCAGCAAGCAGGACGGAGGCGACUUGCAGUGGAGUAAAUCUGCGGUAAAUCUCAAUCGGCCCUUUCAGGUGCAUGGCUCCCCCCAGGCUGCUAGCGCUCACGCUACAAAGGUUUGCCUUCUUCGGUUCCGCUUCCGCGAGGACGCCGGCAGGCGGACAUUCCGAACACUUAGCCCAGACAGGGGCCACUCUGAGCCUCUUCCGGAGGGCCGUGGGCACACCGAUCCGGGUCCUUAGGUGCAGACGGACUGCAGGCCAGUCUCUUAUAAUAAUGCGAGCGCUUUCUGCAAAAUCGCGAUGUUCGUUUUGGAGCCGCUACUUGGCCUUCGUGCGGCGGCGUCACAGAGGGUAAGGGGAGGGGCGAAUGGUGGGGUACAUUCAGGACAAGCAUCCCCUCUGUCCACCGGGGGAAAAAAGAGAAGUGAUCCGCGCGGCAGGAACGCUCCCGUGAUGAACGGCCUACGGCAGCGUGCACCUGCUCUAGAACAAAGUACUAAAUCUGUCUUCGGCUCCUAAUUGUCGCACUUUGCAUUCUCAGCGUUUCCUCCCUCCGCCGGCGUCCUUCACUUCAGUACGGAGCUGCGCGCCUCUCCUUGGCUUCGGCUCUUGCGGUCUCUUGGAAGAGCAACGCACCACGUGCGAUUGGAGGCAGCGGAAUAUUAUUUCGGUGUCGUCGGCGAAAUGAAUAAACGUGUCACCCAUGCGGUGUUUUGCUGACAUGUUUGUCGCACGGUUGGGGAAUUCAGUAGGAUUCCCUGUCCAGCUGGACGAACCGUGCGCGCUCGUAAAGAAUGUCUCUUUAUUUAAGGUGUUUUUCCUUGUUUACUACACUCCCUAGGUUUGCAAACGGGGAAGUUUGUGCCAGUCGCGCAGUACGUUGCAGGUACGCUUGAAUACUUCCUCUCCAGGACGUCAUGUCCCUUCUCGGUAUGUCAUGGGAUCAAGGCUGGGGCUCAGUUUUAACCGCUUUUCACAAAAGCCACUUGCGCGGCUGUACAAGGAUCGCUUCCAGAUUCAAUUCCAACUGGUACGAGCCGUAGGACGAGGUCCUCGUUUGGAUGUUUCCUGGCUCCCAAGUCAGAAAUGAAACUGCCCGCUGCGAGCUGGGUCUGAAGACCGAUCCCAUCCGGAGAGGGACGGACCCUAGCUUCGUACCUUACCGUUUCAUAGACAACAGCAGCACUGUGGCGCUUUUGUGCGGCCCGAAACAAGUGGCUUUUCAACUUUCAAACACUGCAGCACAGACACACGUUAGGUUUACAAUAGGGACAAAGUUCGGUGUCACACUGUAUGUACAUAGAUAUAUUUUUAUAUUGCAAUAUUUUAAUGCAAUUUGUCUAUUUAAUGGUGUUUAUGAGUUUGACGGGGCAGAGUCUGUAAAAUGUGAUUUAAAGUAUUUUUUUUUAGGUUUGAAAU